UUGAGUCCUCGUGUCAGUGCACAGUCUGUGUGUGGUACAGCAAGCGUUGGAGAAACUGGGUACAUCGAAUGCAAGCAAUUGCUUCGUUACAACAUCCAACUUUUCUACGAUUUAACCUCUUUUAACUUACAAAAUUGUAUUUGGAUUUACUAGAAGACUCGUCAAUAAUUGCAUUAAGUCAAGAAAGGCUUUCUUGGAAGUUUUAUGCGGUCAACAACUCGUUCUAAUCGACGGCUCUCCGACGUCGGAUCGGAAAGGCAUUGUCGAGGCAGGUCGUGCGGCGCCACGAGAUCGCCGAAGUUCCAAAGGGCUCGGCUGGGACAAGGAUUCCAUGUAACCAGCGAUUACUUUUGGAUCAUUUUUUCAUUCUCAGAAGGAAGGUUACCAGCCGAGGAUUGUGAAAAUUCGUUCAACAGAAGGAUUAUUGCCGUCGUAGGGGAGGGGAAUCAAUCGAGACAAAGGAAAGGGUCUUAAAAAUCAACAAUAAAGAUCGAGAGAUCGGAGGGUCGAAGUGUGUUCUCCGCGGCGGAGGAUUGGCAUUGUCCGACCGCUUGUGCGCACAGGGAGGGGUGGCGGACUAUCGCACAUCUACUCGGAUUACUGAAGUAUCCCCCGAUUUCCCUCAAAAAAGGAUACAUUCAAGAUGUAUCCACAGGGCCGGCAUCCGGCACCACACCAACCAGGGCAGCCUGGCUUCAAGUUCACCGUGGCCGAGUCCUGCGACAGGAUCAAAGACGAGUUUCAGUUCCUGCAGGCCCAGUACCACAGUCUCAAAGUGGAGUACGACAAACUGGCCAAUGAGAAGACAGAGAUGCAGCGUCACUAUGUCAUGUACUAUGAAAUGUCCUAUGGGCUGAACAUUGAGAUGCACAAACAGACUGAGAUUGCUAAACGGCUCAACGCAAUUCUCGCACAGAUCAUGCCUUUCCUGUCACAAGAGCACCAGCAGCAGGUUGCUCAGGCUGUUGAGCGUGCCAAGCAGGUCACGAUGACUGAGCUCAAUGCCAUCAUCGGGGUACGUGGACUUCCCAAUCUGCCUCUCACCCAACAGCAACAUGCUGUCUACCCAGCCUUCAUGGUCAGUGUUUGGGAGAGGGAUGGAUGGAGGGAAUGAGAAGAGAUGUGGUUGACGUUUGUUUGAAUUGCUGCUACUGUUAGCAUGUCAAGUGGUUUUGUAACGACAGAUAACCACUGUGUGGUAGGAAGUCGGGAACUAAAGCAUGCAUUGGGUGUCUCGAUACUGAAAGUUGGCUUCCUUCCCUUUGUUUGCUUUCCUUGAUCCAAAAAAAGGCUAGUGCGGGAAAGGAAGCACUUCAAAGUAUUGGAACCCAGCCUCGUUUGUUUCUAUGCUCUUUAGUCAGGUAGUCUGCCAGCCAGUCUGCCAGUCAGUUAUUCUUUCAUAGUGUUGAUGUUGCUUCCAGCUGACUCUAACAGUCUGUCUGUGGGAGCUGUGAUUUGCCCCGUUAGCUUAAAUAGUCUCUUCCCUGCUCAUCCCCUCCUGACAAAACCCGGCUAAGAUUUGGAGUCAUUUACACAGAUGAAAACAGAUAAGUGUGAAAGGAAGUCGGUCACCUCUUUAUCCAGGAAUAUUGAAUCGGAGGCAGUUUAUUUCCCCAUCCCUCACUCCUCUCCUCGUCCGCCUCGGUGGCCCCUUAAUGAGACUUCUUGAUGAUGCUUCUCUGCAUGCUUCCCUCAUUAGGCACCCUCAACAGGGACUUCUCUGCUCUAUCCUUACCUCCCUCCCUAACACACAUAGGCCUCUGCUCCACACACCACCAGCACAAUAUUGAUUAACAAUCCUGCCUGUCUAAGUGGGUUCCAUCCAUUCUAUACCGCCAGCCCCUCAGCUCCAGAUAAUGAGCCUACUGGAUAAUAGGCCUAUUGUUGAGACCAGACUUGAUCAACCUUUACUGUUAAAAGGCUUACAAGCUCUGUAUGUGUUUCCCCCUCCUCUCCUAAUGAGUAGUAUGGGUCAGGGGUAUAAUACUCCCAGCUAUCAGGAAGGUCAAUAGAUUGGUUUGGGACUGACAGUUGAUGGAUGUGCUAAGUGUUAUUUAACCUCGUUUUAAAGCACUCGCUUCCCCUUUUCAGCUGAGUGGCUAUUUAACUCCCGCCUGUUAGUCUGGAUCCCUGAGUCAAUCUCGCUCUCCCUCUCUCACUGUCUCUCUCUCUCUUCCUCUGUCUGUCUCUCACUGUCUCUCUCUCAGCCUCUCUUUCUCUCACGCUCUCUGACGUUGACAGGCUUUUGGGAGGGCUAAGUGUCUGUGUCCCGCCCUCUCUGCCUGUUAACAGGCUUUGCCAGAGGGCCAGGAGGUGGGCGGCUGGCUUUGCUUGUUGGGUGUUGAAGGGUUUGCAGUUUUGAUUUUCACCUGCGGUCAUGUCGUGUGUGAAAUUAACCCUAUGUGCAACCCUCUGGGAAUACAUCCCCAGCCAUGUUCCUGUCUGUAGUGUCUGCUAAAACAGUGCACAUAGAAUAGAGAUCUUCCAGUAGGAAGCCUGCUUUGAAGGACGGUUAACUAGCAGUUGUUGUGUAUCAGCUGCUUCUCACUAAUUGCUGCAGGCAGCUGGUGUUUGGGCGCAGUUCAUCCAGUAUUUAUCAAGUAUAUUCUGUUCAUAAAAUGAGGUGGACUUUCUUUAGUGCGACGUGUGUGUGUGUGUGUGUGUGUGUGAAGGAUAUGGGGUGUGUGUGUGUGUGUGUGUGUGAAGGAUGUGUGUGUGAAGGAUUCCCACGGUGUGUGUGUGUGUGUGAAGGAUAUGGGGUGUGUGUGUGUGUGUGUGUGAAGGAUGUGUGUGUGAAGGAUUCCCACGGUGUGUGUGUGUGAAGGAUAUGGUCUGUGUGUGUGUGUGUGUGUGUGUGAAGGAUGUGUGUGUGAAGGAUUCCCACGGUGUGUGUGUGUGUGUGAAGGAUAUGGUCUGUGUGUGUGUGUGAAGGAUACGGUAUGUGUGAAGGUAGUGUGUGUGUACGGUGUGUGUACGGUGUGUGUGAAGGUAGUGUGUGUACGGUGUGUGUGAAGGAUACGGGG